AUGCCGAAACGGGCGGUAUCUCCGGCUCCGUCCGAGAACGAGGUCGACAUCGCAGGGUCUUUGUUUGCGAACGAACUCGACAGCGACUCUGAUGCUCCCAAGGCGAAUCCUGGUACUGCUACAGAUCUCGACUUUGGAGACCUUCUCAACGCUACUCACGAUGGCGGUUCUGAUGACGACAGCGGCGACGAGGCCUUCAUUGACCUGCACCAGCGGAGCUCCAACAGGAAAUCCUCUAAUCUGCAGGGCAAGACGGUCAAGAAGGGCGGCGGCUUUCAAGCCAUGGGUCUCGAUGCUAAUCUCUUGCGAGCGAUUGCCCGGAAGGGCUUCUCUGUCCCGACCCCCAUCCAGCGCAAAACGAUACCUCUGAUCCUCGAGAGGCGCGAUGUCGUCGGCAUGGCUCGCACAGGUUCCGGCAAGACGGCCGCGUUCGUGAUUCCCAUGAUCGAACGUCUCAAGGCUCACAGCGCCAGGUUUGGUGCCAGAGCUCUGGUCUUGUCGCCCUCCCGCGAACUGGCGUUGCAAACCCUAAAGGUUGUCAAAGAGCUCGGCAAGGGAACUGACCUGAAAACUGUCCUUCUUGUUGGUGGUGAUAGUUUGGAAGAGCAGUUUGGCUUGAUGGCGACAAACCCAGAUAUCAUCAUUGCGACUCCAGGUCGUUUUCUCCAUCUCAAGGUCGAGAUGUCCCUCGACCUUUCUUCUAUCAAAUAUGUUGUCUUCGACGAGGCAGAUCGUCUUUUUGAGAUGGGCUUUGCUGCUCAACUAACUGAAAUUUUGCAUGCCCUACCUCCCUCUAGGCAAACUCUUCUGUUCUCGGCCACUCUACCUUCAUCCCUGGUCGAAUUCACCAGGGCUGGUUUGCAAGAUCCGGUCCUUGUCAGACUGGAUGCUGAGACCAAGGUGUCUCCCGAUCUCGAAAGCGCUUUUUUCUCGGUCAAGAGCGGCGAGAAAGAGGGGGCUCUGCUCCACAUCUUGUAUGAUAUCAUUAAGAUGCCCCUAGGAGACCCUCCGCGGUCCGAAAACGAUGAAGAACAGCCAAAGUCGAAGAAGCGCAAGCGUGGUUCUGAUAAGCCGAACUUUAAAGAAAAGCCAACCGAACACUCAACCAUUAUUUUCACAGCUACGAAGCACCAUGUUGAAUAUAUUUCGAAUCUCCUACGUCUGGCAGGCUUUUCGGUCUCGUACGUCUAUGGCUCACUGGACCAGACUGCUCGGAAGAUCCAGGUCGAUAACUUUAGGCGAGGGAGGACUAAUAUCCUCGUCGUGACGGACGUUGCUGCACGUGGUAUCGACAUUCCCGUGCUUGCAAACGUUAUCAAUUAUGACUUUCCACCUCAACCCAAGAUUUUCGUCCAUCGUGUUGGUCGUACGGCUCGUGCUGGGCAACGUGGUUGGGCCUAUGCUCUUGUUAGGGAGUCUGACCUCCCCUACCUCCUAGAUCUCCAGCUCUUCCUUGGAAGGAGGCUUGUCUUAGGGAGAGAGGAAAAAGAUCCAUCGUUUGCCCGCGACAUCGUGGUCGGUUCCUUAAAGAGGGUCGAACUUGAGAAUAACGUUGAAUGGGUAAAUAAGGUCCUCCAUGAGAAUGAAGAUAUCGGCGCACUCAAGCGAGUCACCGCUAAGGCUGAGAAGCUGUACAUGAAGACUAGAAAUCCAGCUUCGUCACAAAGUGCCAAGCGUGCACGUGAAGUUAUUGUGUCCAAGGGUUGGGGCCAACUUCAUGCUAUCUUUGGAGAAGAAGCGGCCAAUGAAGAGCAGGUCCGUGACAACCUCCUCUCCAAAAUUACCGGUUACAAGCCACAAGAGACAAUCUUUGAGAUUGGUCCCAAGGGCAAGGUUUCGCAGAACAAGGCUGCGGAGGCUGUACGGAGCUUCAGACAAAGAAUUGGACCACGCAAGCUUCCUAAGCAGGACGAGGAUACUGAGAUGGUCGAUGCAGAAGCUCUUCCCGACCACGUAGGGAAUGCUGAACGGAAGGGUCAAGAAGAAGAAGAGUCUGUGGAUGAAGAUGGCGCUACACAGGACAGUGUGCUUUGGAAGCACGAUUCCAACUCUGACUCCAAUUCUGAAUCAGAACUGGAAGUCACAGUGACGAACAGUGCCAAGGCAAAGAAGGGUCAGACCUCCUUCGCAGACCCAGAAGUCUAUAUGUCGUACACACCACGAACGACUAGUCUAGCCGAAGAGCACGCCUAUGGCGUCCACUCGGGCGGUGUCAGGAGCUCCAACUUCGUCGAGGCCGCCCGUGACGCAACAAUGGACCUUACCAACGACGAGGGAGCCAAGGGCUUUGGCUUGCCGAGCCGACCUAAGUACCGCUGGGACAAGCGACACAGCAAGUAUGUGUCGACGGCCAACGACGAUGACGGGUCUAAGGGCGUCAAGAUGAUACGUGGAGAGAGCGGUGUCAAGAUAGCAGCAUCCUUCAAGAGCGGCCGCUUCGAAAAGUGGAGGCAGCAACACCGACUGGGACGGCUGCCGCAGGUGGGCGAGAUGGAGAAGGCCAACCUGGUGCGCAACUUCUCACUGCCAUCGGGCCCGCGCUUCAAGCACAAGCAGAUGAAAGCGCCAAAGGAGGCGGACAAGUGGCGUGACGACUACGAGGUCCGCAAGAAGCGCGUGGCGGAAGCCAAAGAGAAGCGCAUCGGCAAGUUCAAGGAUGGGGAGGGCAACCGGCGCGAACUCAAGACGGAGAGUGACAUUCGCAAGGCGAAGGAGCUCAAGGAAAGGAGAAAGGAGAAGAACGCGCGUCCGUCCAAAAAACCGAAGAAGAAAUAA